GAUUUGUAUUUUGCGUAGUUUUCCCAUCUCUGUAGGGAUGCGGUAGAGGAUGAGAGAAGUCCCUUCCCAUUUCAUAGCAUGAAGAGAGGAUAUUUAGAAAUCGGUCUCGUCGUCCUGUUUUUGGACUUUUUCUGCAAGAACCAGGUGGCCAUGGCACGCCACGCCCACCCCUCCUGCCUGCGCUGUCCGAUCGGCUACGGGGUCUCUCGCCCCUGCUCUCGCUCCCGGGUCACCGAGUGCGAACCGUGUCCCGCGGGCCGCAGCUACUCCUCGCAUGCCUCUGCGCACCGCCCCUGCUACCCCUGUUCCAGGUGCGGGACGGGGCUGUACGUGGCCCACCUCUGCACACCGGAGAGAGACACUGUCUGUGAUUCCUGCCACACCUACAAGGGCCCCCAUAAUGCAGACUUUUUUGAGAGGUGCAUCCAGCCACUACAGCAACACAACCACACAGAAUCAUCUCAGUCAUCGGUAGACAGGAGGUUACCAUCGAGCAGUGGCUCUUCAGCUUUACUGAUAGGCGCCGGGGCGGCUGCCGGAGCCCUAGCCGUUGUUCUUUUAGUCACUAGUAUAACAUUCUACAGCCGGCGGAGGUGCAAAAGGAUGCAGCAUUUAAGGUAUCCGUAUGAAGCAGUUGCCACCCAAGAGGCAGUCAUGUUAUAGUAAUGAGUCAAAUUUGACUUAAGCUGCCAUUUUUAGAAUUGAUCUGUGAUAAAAACUCAUCAUCUGUCAUCAAAAUAGAAAUUCCGUGCUCCGAUUAACCUGCCGUUUUCCAAGGUUAUACAGAGA